AUGGCAAUGAAUCCAGGCUCAACUUCUGGUAUGGCUGGAGAUUAUAAUGAAAACUCUGAUCCUCAACUUGCUAUCAUUAAUUUAAUGACACCUUACAUUCAUUUGGGUAUUGAUGAAUUAAAUGUUUCAUCUUUACCUUUGGUUAUUGCUGAUUUUGGUUCAUCUCAUGGAAGAAAUUCAAUAAUAGCUAUGAAAAUAUUUAUUAAAUAUCUUCAAGAAAAAAAUUAA